CAAGCCAGAGCAAGGGGAGAUUUUCCGUCGGGCGGAUAAAAAUGAUGACGGGAAGCUGUCCCUGGAGGAAUUCCAACUCUUCUUCGCAGAUGGUGUCCUCAAUGAGAAAGAACUGGAGGACCUCUUCCACACCAUUGACUCAGACAACACCAACCAUGUGGACACCAAGGAACUGUGUGAUUACUUUGUGGACCACAUGGGAGACUACGAGGAUGUCCUGGCCUCCCUGGAGACCUUGAACCAUUCGGUCCUGAAAGCCAUGGGCUACACCAAGAAGGUGUAUGAAGGUGGGAGCAAUGUGGACCAGUUUGUGACCCGCUUCCUUCUGAAGGAGACAGCCAAUCAGAUCCAGUCGCUGCUCAGCUCCGUGGAAAGUGCUGUGGAAGCCAUUGAGGAACAGACCAGCCAGAUCCGACAGGUGCACUGCAAACCCAGCCACGGCAUCACCGAGAGUCACUAUGGAGGCCCCAGUCCUCCCUACAUCGUCAACCACAAGCUGGCAGCCCCGGAGCCAGGGAGAAGCCUGCCUGUGGCCACAGGGGAGCCAAAGGAGGAAGGGCUGGAGGGUCAGAUAAGCCGGUUGGCAGAGCUGAUUGGGAGACUGGAGAGCAAGACCCUCUGGUUUGACCUGCAGCAGCGCCUCUCAGAUGAAGAAGGAACGGACAUGCACCUGCAGCUGGUCCGGCAAGAAAUGGCCGUGUGCCCUGAGCAGCUGAGUGAGUUCCUGGACUCCUUGCGGCAGUACCUCCGCGGCACCGCUGGAGAAAGGAAUUGUUUCCACGUUGCCGCGGUGAGGAUGGCAGACGGCCUCACCUUCGUCAUCUACGAGUUCUGGGAGACAGAGGAGGAGUGGAAGAGGCACCUGCAGAGUCCCGUGUGCAAGGCCUUCCGACAUGUCAAGGUUGACACCCUGAGCCAGCCUGAGGCACUCUCUCAGAUCUCCGUGCCAGCUGCCUGGUGCACUUCGGGCCGAGACUGACCCCUACCGAGGCCCUGUUAAGGAGCCUAGUGCCCCCCUCCCCUCACUUCUUGUAAAGGACAAUACCCCUUUUCUAGAGACUUUGGUACACAGCUGUCUUUUCAAUAUACUAAUAAAAGGAUGUGUACUUACCCCUGCUAUGACAUGGAGGAGGCCCCUCCCCUGGCAUCCACACCUGACUUGACUUGGCAGAGCAUAUUGCUGGGAUGCUGGUGAGGCCAAGGUUAGCAGGGAUGGCUUUCCAGGUCAGCCUCCAACCAACAGCUUCCCACCCCAGCCUGCCUCUGGCCUCCCUGACUCCUCAUGGCUGAGGCCCAGUUGGACCCACCUCAGAUGGACGGGCCUCGUUCUCAACUUCCCUCCUCCUUGAUGGCCCUCUACCUAGUAGGAGCUGUGACCCUGUAGUACCCAAUGUAGGCUCUGGUAGAGCCCAGGUCCCCAGCACCAUGCUAGGCCCAUAGCCACCAAAUAAAGUCUGGUUAGGAACAGUG